AUGUUUCAAGACACAUCACAUCAUUUAUCACAAGAACAAAUUACAUUUCUUAAUCGUGGUCCAACAUAUGUUCCACCAUGUCAAAUACAUAUUUUAUCAAAAUCUUCUACAACAUUAGCUCAAAUUGUUACGAAACAAAUGGCACGACUUCGACGAGAACUUACAAAACUUUUCACUCAAUAUUCAGUUGAUCUUUCUCGUCGAAUGAAUUUUGAAAAAGAGAUUCAAC